AUGCGUAACAGUUCGAUUGAAGAUGAACAAGCCGAGAUGGGGAUGGAGGAUCACGAGCCGUUGCUGUUAGACCAGCAAAGGAAACAUUCAAAGUCAGUAAAGAUAUUGUAGUAGAUCCCCUUGUUUUGCAAGAUAUAGAGUAUAUGUCACUUACCUUAUAAAUGGUCAAUAUAAGUUGCUAAUUCCAGUCGUAUUCCUGUAAUUGGCAUAAUCGGACUGAGUUGUAUAUUCUUCUUUGCCAUUUCUACUGUUUUCUUCGGCGCUUUGUACUACAAGAAUGUCAUAGCUGUAAGUAUUACACAAAAUAUGCCGUAACAGUUACUUUUGUCCAGAAAAUAGUAAAUUAGGUCAAUUUGUAUUGUUACUUCUCAUAAACGCCAAGGUUUAGGCCCAGAAGGCUUUACCGAAGUGGCCUCCGCCUUCGAACAGUCUUCUAGGUGAAUAUUCGAAAGCGGCCGUUGCUGCUGACAAUGAUUUGUGUUCGGAGAUAGGUCGAGAUGCUUUGCUCAAGGGAGGAAAUGCUGUCGAUGCAGCAAUCGCCGCUUUAUUCUGUAUCGGAGUGAUGGAUACUCAGAGUGCCGGUCUUGGGGGUGGUCAUUUUAUGACAAUUUAUAAUGCGUGAGUCUGCUUUCCUUACCUUGUUGAUGCUUUUUAUAUAUUUGUAUAAAGUUACUUUGUUACUUGAGACUUUACAGUACGACAAAGUCAUGUCACGUUGUAGAUGCACGAGAACGUGCUCCUUUAAAGGCGACUCGAGACAUGUUCAGAGAUAAGUGGGACGAAGCACAAAAAGGUAAGGAUAAAACAAAAAAGCCAAUUAAUUCAUGAUCUAGUGUCUCUGUACUGUUAGUUUUAAACUUAUCUUGACUGUUUAGGGUGGAAAGCUGUGGCCGUUCCAGGCGAACUUCACGGUCUCCGCACAGAGUAUGAAAACUUCGGAGGUAACCUCAACUGGUCAGCCUUAGUUGAACCGACCAUCCAACUCAUGAAGGAAGGUAUGUUAAGAAACAUUUGUUUUACAUCAGCCCAACACAUUACUAGAGUUCGAAAGUGCUUCAUAAGAUUGAUAUUGUUAUAGGAUACCCAACCUCUCACGCCAUGGCUAUGGGAUUGUUGCAGAACGAGAAGGACGUGCUACAAGAACCCACGAUCAGAAACCACUUCAUCAAUCCCCAAACCGGCAACAUUUACAAAGCUGGAGAACAAAUAACUACACGGUAAUUGUAAAAACAAUGAAUAUUUCAAACAAUAUUGUUUAAGAAACACUUUUUACAAAUUUUAAGUCCUAUCAUUUCAGUACGAACCUGAUCAGGACGUUGGAGACAAUCUCUCGGUCUUCGAAUCCUUUGUAUGAAUUCUACCACGGUUCAUUGGCCGAAAGCAUGGUAAAAGAGUUCCAACGAAACGGUAAGACACAUAAAGAUAAGUGAUAACAUAAUCAGGAGGCAUCAUCACUAUGGACGACUUCAAACAGUACAAGGCCAUCGUGCGAAGUGAAGAUGAAGUCAUCAAGGUCUCUCUCAACAAUGGAUUAGUUGGGUGUGGCCCGCCCCCUCCAUCCUCUGCUGCUGUCACCCUAGCCAUUCUCGGCGUCAUACAAGGCUUCAAACACAACAUAAAGACCACGGAGGGCUACACAGAACUGCUCCACCACUUCAUUGAAGCUUCCAAAUUUGCAUACGCUCAGAGAAGCGAGCUCGGGGACAUUGACUACGAGAAAGAAGCUUUGGAGUUGGCCAAGAACAUUACCCAAGAACAGUGGAGACAGUGGGCACGGUCCAAGAUCGACGAAGUCACUCACGAUGACUCCUACUACGGAGGCGAUUUUAGAAUGGCCGUCCCUGAUCACGGCACGACGCACAUCAGUGUCAUUGAUAAAGAUGGCAAUGCUGUGUCAGUUACUUCCACCAUCAAUCUAAUGUAAGUUAACAGUCGGAGUGGAAGAGUUCACGUUGAAUUACUGUGGUAUGAACAAUAUAAACAUUGUUCAGAAUGGGCGCCAAAAUCGUGUCAGAGUCAACAGGAAUCCUAUGGAACGACGAGAUGGACGACUUUUCCUUGCCAGGACAUCCAAACUACUUCAAUAUCCCUCCUAGUAGAGCCAACUACAUCAAACCUGGCAAACGUCCUCAAAGUUCGAUGAGUCCGUUGGUGAUAUUCGAUACCAAGACUGGGAACUCGGUAUGUUCUUUACCUUUGACAAAACAAACCAUAAAAAUGAGUAAAAUACUCAUUUCCAGGAGAUUUUGAGCGUCGGAGCAGCUGGAGGAUCUACUAUAAUAUCAGGAGUAGCCGGAACAACAAUGCACCUUCUGGAAACCAACCUCAACAUCAAAGAGUCAAUCGACUUCCCUCGGUUACACAACCAGCUCCGUCCCAACUACACCAAGUACGAGGACAACUUCCCCUCAGGCUACAUCAAAGAGCUACAGAAGAAGGAACACGAGUUCCAGCCAGUAAAGAGUCUUACCGUGGUAACUGGAGUCCACAAGAAGAACGGCGUUGUCUGGGCGAACAGCGACUUCAGGAAAGGACCAGAAAGCGAGCCCGCAGGGUACUAA